GUCAUUGUCAUAUUAUUAACUAAUCGUUCAGCGUUUAUAGAUUUUAGCAGCAUUAAAUUUAAUAGUCCUGUUAUUUACAUAAUAAUAUUAUACUAGUUCUUUUGUAAUACUAUUAUUGACUAAUUAAAAGUGUUCAUAUAUUGAAAAACUUUAUUAUUAAUACAAAUCCUUUCACUUCGCAGCUGUUCUAUAAACUAUUUCGUCAGAAUGACAAUGGGUGAUGAAUUACCUGUCACUUCCUUGGUUUUACCUGUUCUCAUACGCCCUGUACUUACCCAGCUCGAAAAGUAUCAUGUGGGAGGAUCACAGACUUUGCGUGCAGCUUUAACUAAAGCUGAGGCUGCAGUACCUGGUCUUAACUAUGACUUGGUUGCUGGUAUUAUGAGAAGAGCUGAUAUUCCAGUGAAUAUGAAUGAAAGCUUACUUCGUUUACAAGGAACACUGACUGAAGCUGAAUGUGCAGAUUUAAGACUUAAUAGAUCAGAAGAAGCAUUCCAAGAGUUAAAUAAAAAGUCUGCAGCUCUCAAGAAAAUUUUGAGUAGAAUUCCUGAUGAAAUAACAGACCGUAAGACAUUCCUGGAAACAAUUAAGGAAAUAGCAUCAGCGAUUAAGAAACUUCUUGAUGCAGUGAAUGAGGUUUCCACUUAUACCCCAGGACCGGGAAAACAAGCCCUGGAACAAAGAAAAAGAGAAUUUGUUAAAUAUUCAAAACGCUUUUCAAACACUUUGAAGGAGUAUUUCAAAGAAGGACAGGCUAAUGCUGUAUUUGUUAGUGCAUUGUAUUUGAUACAUCAAACGAAUCAAAUUCUAUAUACAGUAAAAAGCAAAUCUGAAUAAGAAAAUAUAUAUCCAUUGAAAUUAGUUGUUAAAAAUAUUCCUUUAUGAUGUUGCAAAAGUAUUUGUAUUAACUUUAUAUAUUAUUUUUAUGUGUUAACUGAUAAUCUAAUAUAUUGUAACAUGUAUCAAUAGUGGUGGUCUGUCAUGAUUUUUCAUAUUAAACUUUUAAAGUUAUUGGAAUAAUUUAUAUUUUGAAGCUAUAAAGUUUAUUAUUUGAUGCCAAGGUGCUUCUUGGGAAAAAAAGUAUUCUUAAAAAUGUUGAUAUUCAAAAUUUUUCUUUUAAUUUCACAAUUCAUAAAUUCACAUAAGUAUUGUGAUGCAAAUGUUAUGGCAGACAAUAGCAAACCAAAUUGUUAACUUAAAAUAUGAGUGUAAUACAUAAAUGUCAUUAUUUUACAUUAAAAUAUUAUUUUAAAA